AUGGCCCUCUCUUAUUUUCUGCUGGUGGUCCUGGUGGCGUUGAGCUGCAACGCCACCUGCUGUCUGGGCUGUAAGAUGGCUUGGAGCCAUAGCCUGGCUAACAGAACUUUGACAGUUCUGCAAGAAAUGAAGAGGAUUGAUCCUUCCUAUUGCCUGAAGGACAGAAAAGAUUUUGGAUUUCCUCAGAAGGAGCUAGAUGGCCACAAGUUCCUGAAGGCUCAAGCCAUCUCUGUCCACCGUGACCUGAUCCAGCAGAUCUUCAACCUCUUCAGCAAUCAAAAUACAUCUGCUGCUUGGAAUAAGACCCACCUGGAUGAACUGUGCACUGUACUUGAUCAGCAGCUGAAUAACCUGGAAGUCUGUUUGAUGCAGGAGAUGGAGAAAGAAGAAGGCUCCCUGAUAAAUGUGCGCUCCAGACUGGCUGUGAGGAAAUACUUCCGGGGGAUCACUGUCUAUUUGGCAGAGAAGAAAUACAGCCCCUGUUCUUGGGAGGUCACCAGAGCAGAAAUCAUGAGGGUCUUCUCGGCAUUGACAAACUGGCAAGAGAGACUAAGACGUGAGGAAGGAGACCUGGUCCAAUGA